ACCCAUUUUCCUUUAUGUGGUUGUGUGUGAAAUCUGUUGUCUGAUUUUAAUUUAAUCGGAGUGUUGAACAAAUUGGUGUGGUUCCCCUUUGGUCUGUUAACGGGGAUUGUUCUCGAGAGAUGGGAAAUUCUUUUGGGUGCUCGGCGUCAGGCGAGAGACUUGUAUCGGCGGCCAGAGACGGCGAUUUAAUUGAGGCUAAGAUGCUCCUCGAUUGCAAUCCAUGGCUCGCCAAGUACUCCACCUUCGGCGGCCUCAACUCUCCUCUCCACUUCGCCUCCGCUAAAGGGCACAACGAGAUUGUUUCCUUAUUGCUCGAGAAUGGGGCAGAUGUGAAUUCUAGAAAUUACUGUGGUCAGACUUCGUUGAUGCAAGCUUGUAGAUAUGGGCAAUGGGAAGUUGUCCAAACUCUUGUGCUCUUCAAAUGCAACGUUAGAAGAGCUGAUUACCUUAGUGGAAGAACAGCUCUUUACUUUGCCUCAGUGAAUGGCCAUGCUAGAUGUAUAAGGCUUCUUGUCUCAGACUUUGUUCCAAGCCUCCCUUUUGAUUCCAUAAACCCUAAUUCAACCUCAAUAAGCAAUCGCAACAGUGCACUUGCAAAGUUUGUGAACAAAGCUGCGGAUGGUGGCAUUACUGCACUUCAUAUGGCUGCUUUGAAUUGUUACUUCGACUGCGUCCAACUUCUACUUGAUCUUCAAGCAAAUACAUCAGCUGCCACUUUUCAUUAUGGAGCAUCAAUGGACUUGAUAGGUGCUGGAAGCACCCCUUUGCAUUAUGCUGCGUGUGGAGGAAAUCUGAAAUGCGUUCAGAUCCUCUUAGCAAGAGGUGCUAGUCGAUUGUCAUUAAAUUGCAACGGGUGGCUACCUCUAGACGUCGCUAAGAUGUGGAGGCGUCAUUGGCUUGAACCGAUACUAAACCCGAACUCUACUUCAGUAAUACCUAGUUUUCCUCGUUCCAAUUAUUUGGCCUUGCCUUUAUUUAGCGUACUCAACAUAGCCAGAGAAUAUGGAUUGCAGCCGUCUUCGUCGAUAACCAGUGGCGUGGAUGAUGCUGAUACUUGUGCCGUUUGCUUGGAGAGAUCAUGCGCUGUAGCUGCAGAAGGCUGUGGUCAUAAGCUUUGUGUGAGAUGCGCUCUAUACCUCUGCUCAACCGCCAACAUUAAUAAUGUUCCUUUGGAACAGCAGGGUUCAAUUCCAUGUCCACAUUGCCGUCAUGCUAUUGUAUCGUUCGUAAAAUUGACUGGAAUUCCAGCCAAAGAGGAAUCAAAGGUUUCUCUACCGUUGGGCCUUUGUACCCCAGCAGCUUGUUUGCUUCAUUCUUCGGAAGUGGAGAGUAAUUCCACGCCCGAAAUUAGAAAGAAUCGGGUCUCUCCCGAUCUUUUCUGUCCCGUCUCUCGUAGCCCUUUCCCUUCUGCCGCAGCCAUGUGUACAUGUACAGUCCUGCAGCAGAUGGAGGAGGAGGAGGAUACGAGAGAGGAUUCCGGGCAGGUCAAAUCAGGAAUGGGGGCGGAGAAAGUGAUCAGUUGUUCCAACAUGUUGCGGGGAAGAACGAGAAGUUAUAGAAGAGAGCACCAGUGCAACUCCGAGAUAAGCACAUGAGGACCAACACGACCCGAUGGUGAAUCAAACUUGUAAAUAUGCUAGUGGCUUGUAAAUGGUAAUAUAUGUUAUAUAAGUUUGAUUUAGCUGGUUAUUCUUGGUGUAUACAAGUUUAUUUGCAUUGAAAUUUUGACCAAAAGCUUGUAUUUUUAUUGAAUAAUGGUUUAAUUUGUAUCAAUACGAUGAAUUUCAACGUUUUAUGGAUU